AUGAGUGAAGGACCAAUCACCAAAAAGGUUCGUGUAUGGAAUCCUGCAGUAGAAGAGGAUGCGAGCAAAUAUGCUGUUAGCUCUAAAAGUUCUAGUCCUACUCAAGAUAAUUCGUUCGAUGAUUCCGACAAUUCUGCCGAUUUUGCAAAGAUCGCAAAUCCCAUACUACCCAUGUUUUUACAGAAUUAUCUGAACAUUGCACCAUUCAUGGCUCGAAUGCAACAACAACAACAGCAAAUGGAAAAUUUGAUGCGGCAACGCUUGAUGAAUCCUCCUACUUCUGUUCCCACACAAGUGAAAAUUCAAAAAUCUGCUAUUACCCCAGUAAUACCACAAUCCGUUCCACCGCCAGUACCUUCCUCAGUGUCGGCAGUCAACCCUUUGGUCGCCAGUGCUAUGGGUGCUCCCGCAGUUAAUGAAAACUGCUGUGCAAUUUGUGGAGCAGUUUUCCGAUUAACAACUGAUCUCGUUCAACAUAUGCGAAAUAAUCAUCGCAGGUCCAGAUUCAAGAGAAAGAAUGAGAAAUGUAUGGAAUGA